GUUUUUCUUUUUAGAUUUCAAUAACUAUUUAAAAAGGGUCUAAAAAGACCUUUAAUUUGAUUUAAAUUCUCAUUUAAUAGCAAGCUAUUGCCAGUCGAAAGAUGACCAACGCUCCAGCAACCUCCGCCGCCAGCGCCGCCGGCCCAGUCCUGCGUGGCCUCCACAACGCCACGAUCAAGCGUAAUCUGGCCGUGUCCCUUGGUCUGACCGCCAUCAUAACCGUCGCCUACAAGGUGCUGAUCAACGAUCCCAAGAAGGCCGCCUACGCCGAGUUCUACCAAAAGUACGACGCCAAGAAAUCCUUCGAGCGCAUGAAGGCUGCCGGCCGUUUCCAGUCCUGCUAAGCGACCCUACGCCCCUAGGUGUACGCAUAUAGUAUAAGUCGACGAUGUGUUACGUUACGCUUCUGUAUUGAAAACUAAAUAGAUUUCAACUCGUAUGUGCA